GAAGAGCCGUCCCAUCUCUGCUACUUCAAAUAUUGUUACCGAAUGGGAGGAUGGUGUCCUUUUCGAUGCCGAUGAUCCCGAUUUUUGUAAUGUCAAUCCAAGCAAUGUCAGCAAUGUUUUGAAUAACAGCGGCAAUGCAUCGGCAAAUUUAAUGCUGCCCCCUCCACCACCACCUCCUCUAUUGGAGGCUCUUUCGAAUGGCAAUGGCGGCGGUAUUAUGAGUUCAUUCAAUUUUAAAGCCACAACAAUGUCUUUAGCCAGUGUACAUGGUCCACAAUUCACCGAUAUCUGUCCAUUGGGACGCACUAGCCUGAGUAUGUCCUCAUCAUUAUCGGAUUUGGUUGGCAGCCCCCUGGAAAUUUCCAUGGAUAAUGUCUUAACCAUUGAAGAGUUGCGCCAGCAUAUGGGCUCCUGUUUUACCUGCGGUGUUUCAUGGACCGAUGAUCAUGUGUCCUUAGACUGCAGUGAAUGUGGUGGUUAUAGUGUUGAACGUCCCUGCCCCCUAUGUGAUGGCCAAUGUGGUGUCCAAUGGAAACGUGAUUUCACAAUGUCACAUGCCUGCGGCAAAGCUCGUUGGUUGGGUGUCUGUCCCACUUAUCCUGAAGCUGCUGCCCACUUUAAUGCCACCACCUCUGCUACCACAACCAUUACAAAUGCCUGCAAUCCCAGUGCCGCUUCCUGUGCUGCAGCUGCCACUCAAAUGCGUUUGGCCACAGAGCUGUGUGCCCGCCUGGAACAGUUAUCGGCCUCGGCUGGUUCGUCAACAAAUCACAUAUGAUUUAAUGGCAGCCAAUAACUCCAGCCA